ACACACACACACACCCGGUUUAAGCUCAGAAGCUACAAUAAUGCGCCAAAUGCCCCAAGUGCCAUGGGGAAGAAAUAAAGGAUGGCCUGAGCCUUACUAUCUCGCUCUGGCAUUUUGUUAUCGUUGUUUCGCUGUCACCAACAAUCAAGUCUCCAACAGCAACACCGCAGGGACAAGCCCUUUCCCACAGUGCACCUCAGAAUCAACCCACACUGCUUUGCGUUCGUAGCCUUUCCGCUUCCUGUUUUUCCCUCUGACCAACCCCGAGCGCAAAGAAAUUGACCUCGCAGAGGUCCUACAAUACUUUUAUAUCAUUGGCCAAGCUUUACUCCGCCCCUGCGUCAUCUGGCCCAAGGCCUAGGCUGAAGGGUCCGCGAUUGGUCAGACCGAAGAACUUGGCCCGAAGACCUGGAACUGGGGACUUCGGUAUUAGCCAAGAUGGCGGCGGCCGCAGCGAGUCGAGCAAUCGGGGCAAAGCUGGGCCUGCGUGAGAUUCGCAUCCACUUAUGUCAGCGCUCGCCCGGCAGCCAGGGCGUCAGGGACUUCAUUGAGAAACGCUAUGUGGAGCUAAAGAAGGCGAAUCCCGACCUACCCAUCCUAAUCCGCGAAUGCUCCGAUGUGCAGCCCAAGCUCUGGGCCCGCUACGGAAAAGAAGUCACUCAUCCCUUACCUCAAGUGCCCCAAGCCAGCGGUGUCACAAUCUACUCAGCAAACACAACUUCCCCACCCACAAUGCGCUCUAGAUGAACGUUCAAAACAACCCUGAACUCCAGGAAGCGCCACGAUGCCAUUUCACCAUUAAUGCGGAUCCCACUGAUAAGAGCUGCCAGAAACGCUUGAAGCGUCAUUGAAUUGUCAACGAAGAGUCAAACUCUGUAAAAUAUUUGAAGAGACUUAUUCUGAGCCAAAUAUGAGUGACCAUGGCCCGUGACACAGCCCUCGGGAGGUCCUGAGAACAUGUGCCCAAGGUGGUCCAGUACAGCUUGGUUUUACAUAUUUUAGGGAGAUAUGAGACUUCAAUCCAAUUCAUUCAAGAAAUACACUGGUUGGGCCGCGCGUUGUGGCUCACGCCUGUAAUCCUAGCACUUUGGGAGGCCGAGGCGGAUGGAUCAAUUUAGGUCAGGAGUUUGAGACCGGCCUGGCCAACAUGGUGAAACCCCAUCUCUACUAAAAAUACAAAAAUUAGCCGUAGUGGUGGGUACCUGUAAUCCCAGCUACUCCGGAGCCUGAGACAGGAGAAUCGUUUGAAUCCGUGAGGCGGAGGUUGCAGUGGGCCGAGAUCGCGCCAUUGCACGCCAGCCUGGGCUACAAGAGCGAAACUCCGUCUCAAAAAAGAGAAAAAGAAAGAAAGAAAUGUGGGAUAUGAUGAGGUUUCUCUUCAAAUA